CUGGACAAAAAUACUGGUGGGCGGUGACUACUUGUGUGAACAGAUUUCUGUAACGUUAACGUUACCUGUCUGCUGAUCUAGAGUGAUUUAUCGUUAAUUUGUAGUGUAACACUGUAGUGUUUCUAGAAGAGGACUCGUAUGGUGCAAAGAGGGCUAGACGCUUUAACGUUACGUGCUCAAAAAGGGUAUUGAUUUUCUCACACCAUGGAGAAAGAGUUGCAUUUGAAUUUGCUAACGUUACCCUCCACACCCCCAAUGGCAGGUUUGCAGUCGGGAUCUAACGUUAAAUUAAGAAUGGGACCAGGCAGAAAACGAGAUUUUACUCCUCUGCUCUGGAGUCAGUACUUUGAAACAAUGGAGGACGUGGAGGUGGAAAAUGACAACAGCAAAGACGCAUUUAGAAUUUACAGCAGUGGCUCUCAUGGGCCCGUCCUGAUGCUCCUUCAUGGAGGAGGUCACUCUGCACUGUCCUGGGCAGUCUUCACUUCUGUUAUAUGCAGCCGAAUUAACUGCAGGGUUGUGGCUAUGGACCUCAGAGGACAUGGUGAUACUAAAGUAAAGAAUCCUGAUGACCUGUCUGCUGAAACAAUGGCCAAGGAUGUUGGAAAAGUGGUGGAGGCACUUUAUGGUGAAAACCCACCUCCCAUCAUGAUUAUUGGUCACAGCAUGGGUGGAGCAAUAGCAGUUCACACAGCUGCAGCCAAUCACGUUCCAUCACUGCUUGGCCUUUGUGUUAUUGAUGUAGUUGAAGGUACAGCUAUGGAUGCCUUGAACAGCAUGCAAAACUUUCUGAGGAGUCGACCAAAAACUUUUAAAUCUGUGGAGAAUGCAAUUGAAUGGAGCGUAAAAAGUGGUCAGAUCAGGAAUGUUGAGUCUGCACGAGUGUCCAUGGUUGGACAGGUGAAAAAAUGUGAAGAGCCUUUGAGUAGUCCAGGGGUUUCCCGGGGUAUCAGUGAAGGCAUUAUUGAAGAAGAAGAGGAGGAGGAUGAAGAAGGAGGUGAAUCCAACCACAAAAGGAAGAAAGAGGAUGACCAAGAGAAAGAAUGUCUGUACACCUGGCGUGUUGACCUCUCAAAGACAGAGAAGUACUGGGAGGGUUGGUUCAAAGGACUUUCUUCUCUCUUUCUCACUUGCUCUGUGCCAAAACUCCUCCUGCUGGCUGGUGUUGACAGGCUUGAUAAAGAUCUUACCAUUGGGCAAAUGCAAGGGAAGUUCCAGAUGCAAGUUCUGCCACAAUGUGGCCAUGCUGUUCAUGAAGAUGCUCCAGAAAAAGUAGCUGAUGCUCUAGCCACCUUCAUGGUCCGUCACAAGUUCACUGAAUUCAAGGAGGGUUUCCCUGACGACGUGUAACCUUCACUCGUAGUCUUCAUCCAGCGAUGUGUCGUUCCUCUCUGCUUUCCACCGUGGAUUACAUUACUACCAAAACCACGCCUCUGCUGCCAACUCAUUCUUAGCACUUCAUUCUUAAAUUAUAUUCAGUUUUGUAUGACUUUAUGUAUGUUUGCUGUAAUCAUUACGGUUCUCUUGGCUAUUUUGGCAGGAAAUAAUAAUACAGAAAUACUUAUAAUUUCAAAUCGUUAUGUAUAUUUAAUAUGAAUUUUCCCCCGCACUGAUUUCUUUUGCACUUCCUCUGAUGCCGUGCUUGUUUGUUGUUGUAAUUAGGAUUAUUCCAUCAUGUUAAAAGUGUUGGUUUUUGCUGAUUUCAAGGGAAAUAAUAAAGAGAGGUUUCUGCA